AUGGCCCAUACUCAAACACCCAAGCUUCGAUCAGCAUGCGACGCAUGCCACGAAGCAAAAGUGAAAUGUACAGGAGGGACACCAUGUGUACAUUCACGCAUUGGAAAACCCAAAGGGAGUCGCAAUCGGAAAACCCUAGCUCGCAUGCAAGAAGCUGCCAUUCAUGCGGCGAAGAGUCAAACAAACUGUCCUACGCCUCCAUAUGCUUUUGAACCAGUCCCGCUCAGUAUUUUGUCUAAUUCCAUUACUUCGACGCCAGAAUGGCUUAAUUCUAAUCACCCGAUACCUACCACGCAGCAUACGCCUUACGUACCCUACACCUGGAUAUCACCGCAAUCAACACCAACACCCCCAGAGAGCGUUGAGAUUGACCUGAAUGGAUUGCAGUUGCAUCAUGACCUGUUAACCUAUCAACAGCCAGCAUCUCUAACAGCAUCAUUUAACCCCAACAUGGACAGUUCACAACUUCCAACAACAUCGACAUGUACUGGGAAUUCAAGUUUCCUUUCCCCGUUUCAAGAAACGAACAGCAGCUACCCUCCAAUUUGGCAAUCACAUGUUGGCACAUGUGAUUGUUUCCACUGGCAGACUUCGAACUUGGUCUCACUCCAUGCACUCAAGUCAACACCCGGCAUAGUGCAGAGCAGCACAUUUAACAAUUCCUUGCAAUGUAUGGCCAGAACAAUUUCUGCUUGUCAACGAACCUUAUCAUGCCAGUCGUGCGUAAAGAAUUCGUCCACGAUGUUCUUUCUUGCUGCAUCCUUGCAGAUGGUAUCUGAUCAUCUCGAAGUUCAUAUAUCCAAUGAGCAGCUGGUAAAUUCAGCGUCACUGCUUUCAACAACAAGCUCAUUUUCGUCCUUCUCCUCAGUAUCACAUCCAAGGAUUUCACGAGAUCCACAGCCUGAGCAACAGAGAGCUAUCUGGAUGAUGCAGAUUCGUCACAUGCUUAUCAAGACCCAUAAUACGCUGAGAGACAUUCGGGAACUUGUUGUCUUGAAUCAACAGAAAUCCUCUAUAGACUCUGCGAUUUCCGGGGUUGGAGAAAUGGCACCAGGCUCUUCGAGUGAUCCAGAUUGUCUUUACCAGGUACUGGACAAACUUGAGGUUGGAAUAGGGUCUCUGCUUGGUACUAUUGGCCCACGGCAGGCUUAGAAUGUGCCAUUACAAAUAGAUUGCAUAUUAUUAAUAGUCAUGAGAUGAGUUCUUUCAAAAAAAGAUUGUGGUUGUACCC